UUGCAAACAAACUGUACUGUACACCUUUUUUUCUAGCUUUUUCCUUUUUUGAUUUUACUUUUCAUCUUCCUAUUCCAUACAUUCAUUCUCUUCAAUUGUGUAUUUUUGUUUCACUUUCAGAUCUUCAUUAAUUCGCAAUUCCGCUUUCAUCAGAUGCUCGUCCAGCAAGCAAGCAAGCAUACCUACCCUACCUAUCUACCUCUCCAGCGAUACAUUUGCAGCUAUCGUAGCUUAAUCCGGUGAAAUUUCCUAUUUCCUACUAAACUUCAUAGACAUUAAAACCCGCAACGUCUGCCGCAUGAAUGUUCCUGAAGAACCUAAUCAUUCAGAUUUGGCUUUGCAGUCCAGCUUAGCAAGAGUUUUUCCCGUCGAAAGAAAAGUUAUGAGAUGGCGCCCAAAGGAUCUCGGCGAAAGAGUUUAAGUCUCCUUUCCAGAGCAUCAUUUUCCAAUCUCGCGCACAUCAACACCGACAUCAACAAUGGCAACACGAACGACAAGGAACAGAAGGAUAAGAAGAAGCUGAGCAAAAGAAGUUCGAUCUUUGGCAGUCUGACGCCUUCAAUGUACAUCGAUACAGAAAAUACAAGCCAUAGUCCUACUAAAGCCGACGCCCACUCUCCCAAAUUGCGACCUCGUACACUACAGAAAGGCAGACCAACUUCGUUAUUCGGCUCCUUGGGGAGAAGGUCUAUGACCGAUGUGGAUGAGGAUAAGGAGGUUACCGGCACAACUCCUGAAUCUCCUGAAGAGGAGUAUCACUAUCUUGCGGCGGGCAUUCUCAAUGCGAGUAGUGCCGUUUCGAUACUCCACCAUGGCGAAGUCCAGACGACGACUUCGAUGUUUAGAAAGAAAAAGGAAUACCUAGUCCUGACGGAUACGCACUUGACACGAUUCAAGAGCAUGGCGCGAGCGAUAGAGGCAUUCCCAAAUAUACAACCGGCGCACUUGCGUCAAUCUCAUCGCCAGUCAUCCACUGCAUCAAUAGGGUCGCUACAAGAAGUACAGUCUCAAGCUUCGCAUGCAUCAACGGAGGGCGAAAAUAGAAUUCCUCUGGGUCAGGUUGUCACAGUCUACAAGAUGGAGGAUGGGCGGCCAUUUUUCACAACCGAGGUCGUGUUUUUAGACGAGGAUUACCAUGGAGUAGGAUCCAUUCAGCUUAUGUUACAUGACCCAAAGGAUGCAGAUCUAUGGUCCACUUCAAUCAGAGCGGCUGCGCAGAAAGCCAGACUCAUGAUGCCGGAGCCAUACCCCGAACGAGUUGUCCGAUACCUCGUGCAGACCCUGGAGGGAGUUGAUGACUACGAUUCGAACCAUUUCCAGGUAUUCAGAGUUGUCAAACGAGCUCCAUUAGCAAAGAGCGCGCGCUCCUCAUCGGACGAUCUUCAAAAACUUGGAUCAUCAGUGUUCUAUAUGGUUAUUGGCAUAAAUCGAUUGCAUCUGAUACCCCUACCCGAUUUUAGCCUGCCUUCCGGUGCCCUUUUUCAUCCAAAAUCAUGUCGAAAUUCGUACGGCCUUGUAUCCCUAGUUGCAAUGAACGUGCAGUAUUCUGAUGAUCGAUUUGAGCUCGCAUUCAGAACACCACUUCAACAAGCCAAGAUGCUCGAGUUAGCAGCAUCAGCCACACACGAUAUUGCGGUGGUCAUCUUUCAAGCCAUACAGUAUCUCAAACCAGCAUGGCUAGACUAUAACUUCACGUUCAACGGGCCCAUGCGUCUACUGGAGUCUGGCGAUAUCCCUCUAGUUCACGAAGAAGAGGAGUAUGGGUGUUUUGAUAGAACCUUGGUUGCUUAUUGCAUGGCCUAUAACUGUAAUCCCGUGAAUAUAAAAUACGCAGUUGAUUGGAACGUUGAGGAUGCUCCAGAAUUUCGUCUCUACCCUCCUGCCAUGACGGCUAAAUAUACGAUUUACGAACUGCUUGCUAUUUUCAGGUCUUUACGAUAUAACGAAUCUUUUCGCUCAAUUUCUUUUGCAGAUAUCGAUCUUCAUUGUAUGCAUGGUAUUGUGGAUUCCUACGGUAUAGAUCACGUAGCUUGGACUACUCGAGUAGGGAUCGCGAUAGAUACCUACUUCACCAUGAAGCCACAGGAUGGAUCACUAUUAUACCAAGAAGUUCAAGCACUUGCUCUAAAGUCACUGCAGCUUCGAAAGGUAGAUGUCAGUAAUGCUCUUCCCAGAAGAAGACCGCGAGAUACCUUUGAUGAUGAAGGGGGUGUUCUACAGAAAGAUCCGGGUUGUGAAAUUACUGCAGCAUUGAUGCCAUUGUGCCGCGCACAAUUGACCAAUGUUAAUUGGAUUGUUCUUAACGGAAUUGAGCUGGGAGAAACAGAUCUUGAUGCGAUGAUUCCUGCGCUGAACAAUCCAAAAGCUGAGAUUAGAGCGAUCGAGUGCUCGCGCUGUGGACUUAGUGAUCGAGGGAUAAUGCAACUUUUGACUCAUUUGGAGCGACAAAACCAAACACUAGAGUGCAUCAAUAUAUCUAACAACCCCGGGAGAAUUCUUCUUGAAAGAUUUCAAGUAUCCAUGAGUCGUUUCUCGCACGUUCGCAAGCUCGACCUUUCCAUGAUCACUCGUACAUCUGGUGAUCAACCACUUUUUGUCCCUGAAGUUAUGCUCUCUUGGAGAUUGGAGGAGCUGAUUUUGAAUGGCAUUCCUGUAAACGAUCAAACUUUGGACACAAUUUCUGCCUAUCUUACAAGUGAUAUGUCAGAUCAACUUCGCACCUUACAGAUGGAUCAGUGCAAUUUGAGUGGAUCGCACGUUGCUCUUCUCAUGAGAGCUAUGACUCGAGUCGCUGGCCAACCUCGUGAUUUGGAGCUUCACGUAAGUGCCAACCGACUCGAGAAGGGGAUAAGUGAUUUUGUGAAAGCUAUUCAAGAAAAUUUCACUCCCACCAAACUCGUGGUUCGGAUGAUCGAAUUUACAAAAGAGGACUACUUCAAGCGAUUACUGGAAGCCCUGCGCACCAAUACUACGAUUCAGGUCCUGGAUAUUUCGAAAGCGUCCCUUCCAUACGAUGCAAGUCCGGAGACAUGUGAAACCAUGCAGAGAGUUUUCGCUGAGAACACCACACUGGAGGACUUGGAUAUUUCUGGAGAACAGGCACAUCUGGAGGUUACUCGAUUCGGAAUAGGCUUGAAUCAGGCAUUGACCGGUCUCAAAAAGAACAAUACUUUGAAAUCUCUUCGUAUAGAGUACCAAAACCUGGGUCUGGAAGGAGCGAACACCCUCUCCUCUGUUUUGGAAGAGAAUAGGGGUUUGACUCAUAUCUUCUGUGAACACAACGAUAUCAAUCUUCAAGGAUUCACCAUACUCGUCAAUGCUAUUGCAAAGAACCACACUGUUCUUGAAGUUCCCUACAUGCGAGACGAUCAAGAUAUCGCUAUGAAACGAAUGAGUGCCAGUAUGAGGGAUACACGCCGUGCCACGAGCUCUUCGGGCCGCGAAAACCACCACGUGAAAAGUUCAGUGAAGCGAACAUUGAAAACCUUUGGGGUCGGGGUUGAGAAGCCUAUAAAACUAGAAUUGACACCUCAAGAUGUUGAUCAAGUGGUAAAGGUCUUGGCCGAGAAGUGGAAUACGGAGAUUGGGAGAUUAUCCAUGUUCUUGGAAAGAAACAGAAACAUAGCUAUGGGCGUGGAGGGAUACGAUCCUGUUGAAACUAUAGGCGAACAUGCCAUGCGUCCUACCACAGCCAUGAGUGACCGAGGAAUUUUAGAACAGGUUUUGAGCAACACGACGCCUAAGAUUGAACUGGGAAAUCCAGUCGAAAUCACAAAUGAUCGAUUUUCUGGCAUGACGCCUUUAGCAGAGGUACUUAAUCCUAUGGAAAUGGAAAACGAGAGGCCCGUGGAUGACAUGGAGAAUAUUCAAUUCAAACGUAUACAUUACAAACGCAGUAAGGAUGGAGGUCUACUGCCUGAUUUGCCUUCUUUGGGUAGUGAAAGUAUGUUUGGAUUGGAGGAGAGGGAAGAUACUACUCAACUUAAACCCAAACGCAUAUCUUACAAACGCAGUAAGGAUGGGGGCUUGCUGCCUGAUUUGGGUCCGUUGGGUAAUGAGAAGAUGUUUGAGUUGGACAAUGGGUUGUUUGAAAUGGAAUCUUGAUUCUUGGAAUUCAGAUUUAGUACUUUGCACAUGGUUUGUUUGUGCGAUCAUUGCUUGCUUUAAGUCGCGUUGCAUUGGGACGGAGUUACGGAAUUGGUUUACUACUUUACUCGCACUAAAAGCAAAAAAGUGAAUGCAUACUUGCAAGCGCGCGUGGCAUAGAAUACAGCUAUACGGCUAGUAACAGGGAUAGGGAAUACUUCUUACUUUUGUCUCAUGGUUGGAUUAAUGGAAGGGUAGUCGGGAAGUGCAGUCGCAUGCAUAUCUGCAUAUUGAGGGAUGGACGGAUUGGGAUGGUUAGCGAGGGAUACAAUCAUUGAAUUGGGUGAACUUGACUAUAUUAAAGAUACAGGUACAUGGAGGGGGGAAGGGUGUUUUUAGGAGUAUUUAUGCUUGCAUUGUUCAUUGAUAGGCGUUGGAAGAUUUGGGAGAUCUUUUUUGAUAGGGCGUUAGGAAACGAGAUUUUGAGAUGUUGAAUAGAGUGCACUUUGUUGCACACAUAGCUUGAGCGAUUGGUGAGGGAUCUUUGUGUUCUGGAAGUUUGUUGAAUAUAUUAUGAAGGGGGGAUGCAUGGUUAGUUGGUUGGAUGGAUGCGUGAUGGAUGGAUAUACCAAAUGAGCAAGCAUUUCGUACAGUCAUGAAUUGAAAAUACCUAGGUAGAUUGAAAUCAAUUUAUUUUACAUAUAUCA